AUGUCAUUGGUAACCUCUAAUGCUAAAACAGAACUUGCCAGAGUAUUUCCUGGAACACCAGAGGUUGAUGUUAUUCAUCGCAGAAUACUAGGGAGCCGAAUGUUUAUCUUGAACAAACCAGACAAGUUGAAUGCGUUGGAUUUGAGUAUGGUUAGAAAUAUGACCCCUCAGUUACAGGCAUGGAAUGAGUCUGAUCUGUGUAAAGUUAUAAUCAUUAAAGGUGCUGGUGACAAAGCCUUCUGUGCUGGCGGAGAUGUAACGAGCGUUGUGAGAUUGGCAGAACAAGAAAAGACAGAGACGACGGAAGAAGGGAAUGCUCUGCGGUUUUUUGAAGAAGAAUAUCAGCUCAAUCAUUUAAUUGCAACGCUCGACAAACCAUAUGUGGCGUUACUGAAUGGCAUUACAAUGGGCGGUGGUUUUGGUCUUUCGGUUCAUGGUUCGUUUAGAGUGGCAACCGAGAACACAGUUUUUGCUAUGCCUGAGACAGCCAUUGGAUUAUUCCCUGACGUUGGGGGAUCGUUCUAUCUACCCAGAAUGGAUGGAGAAGUCGGCACGUAUCUUGCUCUAACCGGAAAUAGGCUAUUCGGGCUUGAUGUAUUCUUUUCGGGUAUCGCGACGCACUAUGUACCGUCUGAACGGUUACCUCAUUUAGAAGAUCGUUUGAGCGAACUAGAGAGUGAUGAUCAUGAGGUAAUUAACGCUGCUAUUGAAGAUUUUGUUGAAAAACCAGAGCCGAAUUAUCGAUAUGCUCUUGGUGGACAGAUUCGUGAAUCUAUUGACAGAUGUUUCAAAUAUAACUCUGUCAGUGAAAUCGUGGAGGCGUUGGAAAAAGAGGACAGCGGUUGGGCUCUAGAGACAAAAGAAGUUCUGUCUCGAAUGUCCCCAACCAGUUUAAAGGUAACUCUACGAGAACUGCGGCUUGGUAAAAGAAUGACGAUUACCGAUUGUUUGCAGAUGGAAUACGGUCUGGUGAACAAAUUCUUGGAGAAAUCAGAUUUUAAAGAAGGUGUUAGAGCGCGCCUAAUUGACAAGACUGAUGCGCCUCGAUGGGAUCCUCCCAGUCUCUCAAAAGUUAUUGAUAAAGAUAUCGAAGAUUUCUAUUUCAAAUCAACAAAUGAUAAAAUACUUAAUUUCUUAAAUUUAAAAUCAUUCGAGAAUUAUCCGUAUGCUCGCUUCGGUCUCCCAACUGAAGACGAUAUCCGCAAAUUGGUCACCGGUGAACUACCUGAUGCUGGAGCAAUAGGAAUGACUGAAGAGGAGAUUGUUGACUUCUUUUUAAAGGAAAAUAGGGGUAAAAUAGGUACAAGAGAAAAAGUAUCCGAGGUUUUAAGAAGGAAAACAGUCGAGAUCGGAAGCAGAGCCCUUAAAUGGGUCGAUUAA